CGAAUCAUUCCUGAACGAACCGCUGUACCAACGUACAUAUACAUACGCUCCUGCACGCCACGGCCCCACCACUCCGCACAUACAUGAACACUAUAAGCACACUCACACAAGUCAGACCUUGACCAUUAUUAUCAUUUAUACUACUUUAACGUACGAGUAUAAUAUUAUUAUUAUUAAAUAUUGGAUUGAGAAUCGAUCAGUUAUACUUAAUGAAUUCACGGCGAAGUACGUGAACUCCACAUUCUCUACAUAGCAUACUACCCCGUCGGACCCACUGCAGAGAUGUGGUCAAAAAUGUUGUUGUUAAGUUUAAAUAUUUACAUUCUGUUGUCAAUAGUGGAUGGCAAUAAUAAAAUUAUAUUUUUGGAACCUAUGGUGAAGACAAAUGAGACCCUAUCUGUAAAUGAAAAUGGAACUAAGAAUGAAAUUAGACCUAUGAAUUCUAUUUGCUUAGAUAAAAUUAUUAAUGAAACUAAACCCAUGAGUUCUAUGUUCACAGAUAAAAUUAUUAAUGAAACUAGACCUAUGAGUUCUAUGUUCACAGAUAAAAUUAUUAAUGAAACUAAACCUAUGAGUUUUAUUUUCUCAAAUAAAAUUAGUAAUGAAACUAAACCUAUGAGUACUAUGGUCACAGAUGGAAUUAUCAAUGAAACUAGACCUAUGAGCGCUAUGUUCCUAAAUAAAACUGUUGAUGAAACUAAACCUAUGAAGAUAAAUACAACUAUGAAUGAAUUACUAAAUAUGAAUGAAACUAUGAAUAAUGAAACAGUUCAUCCACACAUACAGAACAACUCAACUUCAACUAAUGCAGAAGCAGAAGUAUUGUCACUAGGUUUAUUUGAUGCAACAUUAAAUAUUGACAGAUCAAUUGAUAGUUUGCAAUCAUACAGCUCUAAUCGUGACAAUAAUAUAGUUAUAUCACCAAUAUGUAUGGCGGCUGCUAUGUCACUUGUCCUUCUGGGAGCUAAUGGUGAAACUAAAACUGAAGUUGGUAAAUUAUUUGGUUAUGAUGAGAACACAACAAACCAUUUAGCUGAUAACAAUAGCCAAAAUUUUAAGAAUUUGGGAAUGCUAUUAAAUUAUUUUCAAGCCAACUCUGGUGAAAAAUUGGGCUCCCAAGUUAAUCUAGCAAAAGCAGUUUUUGUACAAAAUGGAUAUAAUAUUACAAAAAGUUAUAUAAAAGCAGCUGAAGAAUAUUUAAAUAGUAAAUUGAUUACAGUUAAUUUCAAAUCAGAUGGAGAAAAAGCAAAACAGAUUAUAAACCAAUGGAUAUCUAAUCAGACACAUGGAAAAAUCAAUGAUAUUAUGCCUGACACUCCUCCAGCAGAUACCAAAACUAUUAUUGCAAGUGCAUUAUACUUCACAGGUGAAUGGGAAAAUCCGUUUUUUGUCAAUUACACCAGAAUAAAACCAUUUUGUAAUGGAUCAUAUACUGGUGAUAAAAAGUCAUCUAGUCAAAACAAAGGUUGCAUAUACGUUCCAAUGAUGGUAGGUAGCAGUGAAGUAUUGUUUCAUAAAAAUGAAGAAUUAGAGUUUAAAGCCAUUGGACUACCAUACAAAGGCAAUCAAUUUAUAACAUAUUUUGUGCUUCCUGACACAAAUGUUAGUUUAAGAAGUUUAACUGCAAAAAUGAAUGCAAAAGUAUUAAAAAACAUAACCAAAGAUACAAAGAUUGCAGAAUUCACAUACUUUGUGCCUAAAAUGACUCUUAAGUCUUUGAUUAACCUACGACCAGUUUUACAGAAUAUAGGAAUUAACAAAAUAUUUGACCCUUUAAAGGCUGAUUUAUCAAAUAUGGCUAUAGAUCCAGGCUCUUACAUCGGUGAGAUUUUACACCAAGUUGAAAUUGAUGUCAAUGAAAUUGGUACAGUGGCAUCGGCAGCUACCGUAGUAACUAUAACAAGAGGAGGCCAGGCUAUUUUUAAUGUAAACAAGCCAUUUAUAUUUUUUAUUCAUCACAUAGAAAGUGAUACAAUAGUAUUUUGGAGUACUAUAUAUAAACCUACACCAUAUUCAAUAACACCGUCAAAUUCAAGUUCUUAUAAAAAAACAUAAAUCACCUAUUAGUAUAAUUUGAAAUAUUUAAUUUUUUUUUUUUAUUGUAAUCUUGAAUACUUAUACAAAUAUAAUAAUAUAUAUGUUA